AUGCUCUCUCAAGUUGAUGAGGUGAUUUUGAUGGGCGACUUUAAUGUUGAUCUUCUUGGGAACAAUAAGCCGGAGUUCAAAUAUUUCAGGAAUCUUUUGGCAUCGAUGAACCUUCCUCAGAUCGUCAAUGAGCCAACCCGCGAAACAGACAAUACCGCAGCCUUGAAUGAUCAUAUCAUCGUUAGGAAUUCCCUGAGCAACAUGACUGUUGGUGUGGUUGACACGUCUAAGAUCUUGGAUGGUCGAGGCAAGCGUAUCACUGACCACAAGUUGGUUUUCUGUGACUGCCCUUGCAAGACUAAGGAAAGGAUGAAGGAAAAGUUCAUUUCCUACAGAGAACUGUCAAAAGUGGAUCUGCAAAUGUUUUCCUCAGAGCUUUCCUCCAUUGAAUGGCAUGGGAUUGAACUUCAGAGUGAUGUUGACGAUGCUGUGGAUAUGUUAACCGCGGGAAUUAUGCAGGUAUUUGAUGCAUGUGCUCCAUUGGUAAAAAAGCGUGUGACCAAAAGGAAGGCGCCUUGGCAAAAUUCUGAAAUAAUGCUUUUGACAUGCACAAAAAACCAAUUAAAAAAAGAUUUACUUUGUCGUAAGGAUGCACGUGCGAAAGCGGCAUACUCUAGCGCACGCAAUAAACUUAAUUACGCCGUUAGAAAGGCGAAAAAAGAUUAUUUUGCGGCAAAGUUAAAGUGCAGUGACUCAAAAUCUUUCUGGGCAACCUUGCGCGCAGGAGAUCUAAAGGUGGGCACUGCUGGCGGUUCUAUAUCGGUUAAUAUUUCCCCGGAUGAAAUUAACCGCUACUUUGCUGGCUUGGGUGGCGAUAACAGUGUGAACCCGGAAAGGCUCGGUUUUUAUAAGCACGCUACUUGCGAAAAGGUUCAAGAUAAAUUUCAGUUUCGGCAGGUGAGUGAGAGUGAGGUAAAAAACAUUAUCAACAGUAUCUCCACAGCGGCUUUUGGCAUUGACGGAAUUUCAAUCAUCAUGGUCAGAGCAGUUAGUCCUUUCUGUAUCGGGGCUAUCACCCAUAUCAUUAAUCUCUCUCUCUCCUCUGGCCGAUUCCCCUCUGGAUGGAAAAAAAGCCUGGUCAUCCCUCUUCCCAAAAAUAGUAAUCCUACUAGUGUGUCCGAGCUUAGGCCCAUUUCCAUUUUGCCAGUUCUGUCUAAGCUACGAACUUUGAAGAAUCAAGCAAAGAAGACUGAGGAGGUCGAAUCUACGACUGACUAUCCUCUCCUCACCUCCAUAUCCCUUGUUCAGUAG